GUGAUGAUGCGUGCGUUUGUCGUGUUGUGUCUUAUCGGGGUGGUUGUGGCGAAGCCCUCAAUUGUGAGGACGAGGGGUGAAAUCGAAGAAUUCAGAAAUUAUUUGGAAAGUACAAAGACAAGCGAUGGCAAACAAUUCCUCGCCCGUUCGAGACUAUUCCCCCGCGCCAACCCCGAAGAAAACAGCGGCAAAUUUCAAGGCGAUAUUAUCUUAGAUGACUUCAUCAUUGAGUCCAUGUUACAACAAUACGCUUCAGGCCGCAACGCAUACAUCUUUCCGAACACUAAGUGGCCCAACAACACUGUUGUUUGGGAAUUCGGAGAAGAUGAAUUCGGUCCACUACAAAAAGCUGCUAUUAAAGACGGUAUUGCCCAUAUUGAAAACAUGACAUGCGUUAAAUUCCGCUACAGGGAGCCUGAAGACGAGGUUUACGUAAAAGUCACUGGAUUACCAGCUGGUUGCUACGCUCAUGUUGGCUAUUGGGAGGAUCGUGGUGAACACACCAUGAACUUAGCUCGUAAUUAUCCGGGCCAUGGCUGCUUCCGUCACGCUACCAUCGUCCAUGAAUGGAUGCACAUCCUGGGUUUUCUGCACAUGCAAUCUACUUACAACCGCGAUAAAUACGUAAAGAUUGUCGAAAAAAACCUUAUGUCUGGAACGGAACACAAUUUCGACAUCUUUGGACCGGAUCUAGUCAGUAACUUGGGUGUUGAAUACGACUACGUCAGUUGCUUACAUUACGGACCUUACGCCUUUUCUUCUAAUGGCGAGCCAACUAUUGUUGCGAAAAGGGAAUUCGAGGGCACGAUGGGCCAGCGUGUGUUUAUCACGGACAAGGACUGGCUUAGGAUCAACAGACACUACGACUGCCCUGGCGCAUGGGAUGAAAGUGAGGAAGAAACGAGUGAAAGUGACGAAGAUACCAGUGAAAGUAAAGAAGAACAUUAAGAAUUAUGCAUUUAAUACGUAAUAUAAAACGUACAUUUGUAAAUAAACGCCUAUAAAUUAUACCAUUUUUAGAUAUGAUAACU